AUGGCUUCCAUGUUCUGCAACUCAGCGUUGAGAGUAGCUUCUAGGUCCCUCACAAAUCGUUUCAGAACCUUCGUUCAGAAAUCGUUGAUUCCCUCUUUGUUCUCUUCACCUUCCUCUGCGGGCAUUACUCAUGCAUCAAGGAUUUUGUCGGAAAUGGGGAGUGUUGAGUCUACGAUGCCACUCCAUAGCGCAAUUGCUAAUGCCAGACUCACAUCCAACAUGGCAUGCUAUUCCACCUGCUGGAGCAUGCUCUCUCAAGGUACCUUUUCUUAUAUUAUAGCUAUGAAGGAAAAAAAAAGAUGGAAAAUUGAACUAUGUUCUGGUCAACUUGUUAGAGAAACCAAAACAUGA